CCAUGCGUGGUUUCGUGUCACAUGUUUUGUGAAAUGUGUUUCAUAAUCAGCGUUACAAAUAUUUGUAACGUCAAAGUAUAUCUCUGUUAUUCUUUAUAAAGAUAUCUGAAACAACGAAUUUGUAAUUUUAAUGUGACAACUACUUUGUGUUACAACUACUUUUGCGAAGAUCUUCGUACGUACGUUUUACAUAACACACUUUAAGGUUAAGGCGUGAUCCAUGGCCAGGAUCGUGUGCACGUGCGUGUGCAUCUAACAACUUCGUAAGAUAUUGGAAUCUGAUGGAACAAAAGAUUAUUCGAAAUUAAUUUGUAUCCACAUACAUGAAAAAAUUACGCUGAAAUGGCGUUUUUUAAACAGUUUACUUUCUUGCGCCUUCAACAAAUACGAUCAUUUACUGAACGUUCAUUCGAGAAAGUAUAUGUACCACGCAACCCGUUGAAGUUUAAGGUUUACGUUACACGUUUGUAUAGAUAUAAAUAUAAAGAAAUAUUAUCGAAACUUGAAGUUCCAGAAGAAGCAUGGAAAGAACUAAGGGAAGACAUGCUGCAAAUAAAACAUAUGAGAGAAUUUUCACUUGAUAAUUUCAUUAUGUGCAUAUGCCGAACUUAUGAUUUCGCGCACGCAGGAAUACAAUACUACAAGUUAUUAGAGAAGCAGGGUAAACCGUCUAUAGUGCUUACUGCGUCGUAUUUAUAUCUGUAUGAACAUUACCAUGGCCCACUUAGUGAUGUAGAUAGAGAACAUAUUUUGGAAAAAUAUAAGGAAAUUUCAGAAAACUACGACAUGGUACAUACAGAUUUAGUUAAUGCUUGCAUCGUAGCAUUAGGAAAAGUGGGUGAUACAGAAGAAUGUAUUAAAAUUAUUGAACAGUUUAAAAAGCAUGUACCAAAUGAACAUCUUCAUAAAGGAUACUAUUCGUUGAUUACAUGUUUCUUAGAGCAAAAGAAAAUAGAUCUUGCACACAAAUAUAUGACUGAGCAUUUUAGAAUAUCUCGUAAACUUGGUUCUAAUGUAUAUAAGGCAUAUAUAAAAUAUUGUACGAAAGAUAAGGAACAUUUUCAUGCAAGAAUUGAAAAUUUAUUUAAGUUUUGGGAGGAUUAUGGAAUUCAGCCAACUUGGAGGACUAUGGAAAGUUUUAUAAAUGCAUGUAAUAAACAUGGUUGGUCGGCGGAAUUCACGAAGCUACAUGACUCAGUAUGUAACAGAUGUCAAAUGAAUGCAUUGGAAUCAGGUCUCACGGAAUCAGAAUACAUGUCUUUAGCAAAACAUAUUAUGAAGAAGCUUGUUUUCGAUAAAGGCUAUGAGAUAACCGUACCAAGAGAAUGGGGUAAUUUCACACAGUUUUUGGAUAAGCACGGACCGUAUGAUAUCGUUAUUGAUGCAUUAAAUACUAUACAUUCGUACGUUAACAAAACCAAUGUAUACUCCAUCGAUGGCUUGCUACAAAUUCUUAAGUAUGUCAAAAAACACAAAAAAAAGACACUUGUAGUUGGAAGGUUACAUUUGAAUAAGUAUAAUGAGCAGCUUAAAUAUUACCGAACCAAAGCAGACUUUUAUUUUGUAAGCAACAUAUCGCAGGAUGAUCAAUUCGCAUUAUAUGCAACAGUGUUAAGUGGAAAGAACGCUAUACUGAUAUCUAAUGACUUUAUGCGUCAGCACAAAUUUCUUUUGGGCCAGUUAGGAACAUUAUUUAUGAAAUGGCAACAUCUUCAUCAGUAUACAAUUAGUACAAACAAUAAUGAACUUAAUAUAACGCCACUAAGCGGAUCUAACCGAGAUAUUCAACACAAUUUAAAUUCAUGUGCUCAGAAAACAGGAGUUUAUUGGCAUAUAUCAUAUAUUACAGGAGACGACAAAAAUCAAAGUUGUACAAAUUGGGCAUGUUUUAGAAUGCCUGAGUUACAGACUUAGGCAAAUGUAACAUAUUUAUAUACAACAUUUUACAACUGUGUUAUUCACUAUGAAGUGUAUAUGAAAUAUAUUAUAAAAAUAUGUCUGCACGCUUGAAAAAUACACAUUUAGAAAGUAAAAGGUAGUUCGUAAAAUCGUA